AUGGCCAACGACGAAUACGAUUUCCUCUUCAAAGUGGUCCUGAUUGGAGACUCAGGAGUCGGAAAGUCCAACCUGCUCAGUCGAUUCACACGAAAUGAGUUCAACUUGGACUCCAAGUCGACGAUCGGUGUCGAGUUCGCUACGCGAUCGAUUCAGGUCGACUCCAAGACCAUCAAGGCGCAGAUUUGGGAUACGGCCGGUCAAGAGAGAUAUCGCGCCAUCACGUCUGCCUACUACCGUGGCGCUGUCGGUGCCCUCCUUGUUUACGACAUCAGCAAGCACCAGACCUACGAGAACGUCACCCGAUGGCUGAAGGAGCUGCGGGACCACGCUGAUGCCAACAUUGUCAUUAUGCUGGUCGGAAACAAGAGCGAUUUGCGACACCUGCGCGCAGUGCCCACAGACGAGGCCAAGGCCUUUGCAAGUGAAAACCACCUUUCUUUCAUCGAGACUUCUGCCCUCGAUGCCAGCAACGUUGAGCUUGCAUUUCAAAACAUUCUGACUGAAAUCUACCGCAUCGUCUCGAGCAAGGCACUGGACAGCGGCGACGCCCAGAACCCGAUCUCGGCCGGCACCACCAUUCCCCUGACCAAGCCCGCGGACGACGCAGCGGCAAAGGGGGGCAAGUGCUGCUAA